CUACCACGUCACCAUGAGGGAUGCCAGCCACCCACGGACACCACGGGGGGCGAGCUUACGCGCGUGCUUGCGGAGAGCGGGACCCGCAGGAAAGACAUCUAUCAAUUCAUAUGCGUACCUUGGGUGCCCCAGAUGCAAGCCCCCAUUUGAGCACAUUGCUCACAGUACUUAUACCCCGAGAACCCCCCUGGGGCAUUGUUGUGUCAGCCCCUUCAUCAGCGCGCCUAGUUGAGCGCUCCCCCUCCAAACGCUUCCGUGUUGAGCACGCUUGCCCUCAUCGCACGUCAGGAGCCGCCGGUCGUGACUUCCCUCUACCAGCAAAUCGACGACUGAUCCGGUUAGCGCAACCAAACAUUCGCCAUGGCCGCUCGCAUCUUCGACGACAAGGACAGCCAAAAGGACGACACCGUCGGCCUGCCAAUGUCCAACACCGCCACCGAGACCGCUUCUAUGCGAGAUGUCUCUAUCGCCUCCUCCCGCUCCUCUGCCAUCGACGAGCCGAAAUGGCCUCGCACGUGGCGCGCGUACGCCUGCUGGCUCGGCUGCUUCUUCCUCAUGUUCAACUCGUGGGGAUUGGUGAACGCCUAUGGUACAUUUUCGUCGUACUAUGUUGGCCAUUCCCUGCGAGACGUUGACCAACUCCAGCUGAACCUGAUCGGCUCGACACAGUCAUUCCUCGUUCUGCUGUUCUCAGCACCAGUCGGACGACUGCUGGAUGCCGGCCAUUUCCGAUACGUCAUUGGCACUGGCGCCUUCCUCGUGCCCUUUGGCAUGUUUAUGCUGUCUAUUGCACACCCUACCACCGAGGACUCCCCUGCCAACUUCUCUCAUAUCUGGGUCACUCAGGGCUUUGUUGUUGGCCUGGGUAUGGCUUGCUACUUUGUCACGAGCUCUCAAGUCGCUGCGACGUGGUUCCCAAACCACAAGUCCCUCGCCGUCGGCGUUGUCGCUUGCGGUGCCAGUGUCGCCGGAGUGGUGUAUCCGACCAUGACCAGAUAUCUCGUUGACGCCAUGGGCUUCAACAACGCGGUCCGUCUGGUUGCUACGCUCGUCGCAAUUACAUCCGCCUACUCGCUCAUCUUUUCGACGCCCAAUCCUGCCCACGCUCACCCUAAGCCGCAGAGCUAUCGUAAGCUCAAGACCUGGAUCGACACGGAAGCCUUCGGCAACAAAUCCUUCUGCUGGUUCACUGCCGCAGUCACAUUCCUUUUCUUCGGCUUCUAUCCCGUUUUCUUUAAUCUUGAGGAGUGGGCGGCAGUCUCCGGCUAUGGGACUCGCGACGGAACACGCGUACCCGUGAAAAUCGUUUCCUCCACAAACAACCCUCUCCAGACCUUUUGGCUCCUCACCAUCAUGAAUGGCGCCUCCACCAUCGGACGUCUCACCUUCUCCGCUUUUGGCGACAAAACAGGUGCCCUCAACAUGCACAUCGGCUCGCAGAUCAUCUCUUCCCUGCUUGUCCUCAUCCUCUGGGUCCUCGCUGGCUCAACCACGGCCGCCAUCGCCUUCUGCGUCCUCUUCGGCAUGACUUCAGGUGCGGUCAUCGGUUUGCCUCCGGCAUCCAUGGGCAACAUCCUCAACUGCACAUACAAUACCCCGGAAACCAAAGCUAUCGGCCAUUCCAAACUCGGACAGUGGACCGGCAUGAUGUACAGCGUCGCCGCCGUACCCGCCCUCGCUGGCCCCGUGAUUGCAGGGCAUCUCGUCACCGUCUAUUCCAACUACAUCACUGUGCAAGCUUGGUCCGGCGCGAACCUCAUGGUUUCGGCAGCAUGCAUGCUAGUCGCGAGAUGGUACUUGCCAUGCUGUGACGGCGAGCGCGUGGGCACCAAGAUUGCGAAGCUGAUGGGCAAGCAUGUCGAGGCAUCAGAAGAGAAAGUGAAGGAAAGAGAGGGUGGGAACGAGAGCGAUACUGAUGUCGAGUUCGCUAACGUUACCUCCCAGGCAACGACGUGUGUGCCUAGCCGUUUCGUCUCCCGACAAACGUCUGAUGAGAAGGUGGAUGCACUGCGACGUGGUGCCGUCCUCGGCUCUGAUCGGAACGUCUGAGAGCACACAGCGCGGGUGGAAAUUUUUACCGUGCAAGGGGAACGUUCGGGCGGCGAUGGUCAAGGGUGUUGGGGACAAGACACGGCGU